AUGGCCGUCACCUCCAUCUCACUCCCGUUCGAUUGCACCCUUCCUUCUAGCAGCUCCGGCAGCUCUAUCAAAAAACCCAUUAAAUCAGUCUCCAAGCCGUGCUUUGGCUGUGACUGUGGCGACGAAGAAUGCGAUUGUUGUAUAUGCACUGUGAUACGUCCCAAAGUUUCACGGCUGUCAGAGCGAAUCAGUCGCAUCGAGCAGCUUCUUGCGGGAAAUCUCGUAGGCGAUCAACUUUCUGUGCCUGGGGACUCACCUCAAUCUCUUGAGGCUACCACGACAGCCAGCAGCUCUCCGGGCACCAAUCAGGCCCCAGAUCCAUCGUCAGUACGAGUUCACUUUGCUGGCAAAGAGCUGGGUGUCAUUAGUUUAAUCACUGGGACGCCGUCGUUGUUUCCCGAGGGACAGGAAUGGAUCAAAGCUCGUACAGGACAACAUGUCGCAGUUGAUAAACUCAGCCCGACCCGAGUACCAUGGGAUAAAGAGCGUGGGAAAACUUAUAACACUUUCUUGAUGAACAUGAACACUCGGACUUCCUUUGAGCUUCCUGACUGGGACACCGUGCAGGCGUACUUCAAGGCUUUUGAGAGGUGCAAGGUGAUGCGGCGCAUCUUUCCGAUUAUGGAUCCAGAACUUUUCGCGGAGACUAUCCACAGGGCUUACCGUCAACCAUCCUCCUCGUUCAAAUACGGCCAAGCUAGCGCCAGAGUUUGCGUCAUUGCUUUUCUUACCUUUGCUUCGCGUCUCCCUCCGGUCAAUGACCUUGCUAGGGCAACAGCUAAUAUCCCACCUAUCGACCAUGAUAUACUCGCCACAAAGGCGCAAUUUUUCAUGCCGCAAGUAUUACAAGAGCCUGCCAGUCUAGACGCAGCACAGGCCUUGACGAUUCUGACUCUGUUCGAGCUAUCUUCGGGAAACAUGCGGGCAACUAACUACUAUGCGGCGAUUGCUGCCCGACUCAUUUUCAUGCUUGGUGGCAAUCUUGCUAGUAGUCCAGCCGUCUCAACGGACACUCACAGCCAACAACAGCACCACCAACAACACCAACAACUACGAAAUUUAUUUUGGAUUUGCUACACAAUUGAUAAAGAUCUCGCACUGCGCACCGGACAACCCCCUACUAUUACGGACGAAAAUUGUGAUCUGUCACUUCCAGCGGGAUAUCUCGAUCGGGCGUUCUUAGACGUGGAGGAUGAGGAUGCCCCAUGGUAUGGACCAGUAUUUCCAUUCGACUUGCGUCUCAGUAUCAUCAAGACCCGAGUACACCGAGAAUUAUACUCAGUCAGCAGCCUCCAAAAAUCAGAUGCCGAGCUGCUCAAGUCCAUCCGAGAACUCGAUGACAGCCUGGAAGAAUGGCGGCUUUCAGUCCCUCCAAAGUGGCGCCCAACUAUGUCUUUCUCAUCCGAGACGUCCGAUCCAAACAUGGGCAUGCAUUCCGUCAUGCUGCGUCUAAAUUAUCACCUAUGCAUGACAAUCAUUCACCAAGCGAGUGCACGGUGCAAGGCGUGGGUCCAAGGGCAAAGCGGCAUGAUGGAUGGAGUGAGUUCAAGCAUGGCACUCUCAGUAGAAGCCAGUCGAUCAAGUCUAUGCUACCUCGAGGCGGCAGAACAUGUUGUGGCCGACGGGGUCUUUUGGACUCUCAUCUUCUAUCCAAUGUCUGCGCUACUCACAAUCUUCUGCAGCAUCCUCCAGAACCCAUUGGACCCACACUCGCGCGAAGAUUUGGGCCGAUUGAAUGUCGCCACUGUUAUGAUUGAGCGUAUCUUCAAACGAAAAUUGCCUGCUAAUGAGCUUGUGCAUUUCAAAAUUGUUGCUGAUUUCAUCGGAGAAUUGAAGCGAUUGGCUGAAUGUGCUAUUGACAAGGCGUGGGCGGAGCAGCGCGCUGCCUCUUAUUGA